CCUUAUUCUCUUCAGACUUGGUAAAAGUCAGAGGAUCACGAUGGGAAACCAUACUAAACUGACACUGUUCAUCCUAGCAGGUUUGACAGAUGACCCAGAAUUGAAGGUUGUCUUGUUUGUCUUCCUGCUUCUCACCUAUUUGCUAAGCAUUACUGGCAAUCUGAUCAUCAUCACACUCACCCUGGUGGAUACUCACCUUAAGACUCCCAUGUACUUUUUCCUUCGGAAUUUUUCCUUCUUAGAAAUUUCUUACACUACUACAUGCAUCCCUAAAUUGCUAGCUAUCAUGGCAACUGGGGACAAAACCAUUUCGUAUAAUAGUUGUGUCACUCAAGUGUUUUUUGCCUUUCUUCUGGGGGCAUCUGAGUUCUACUUGCUGGCAGCCAUGUCCUAUGACCGCUAUGUGGCCAUCUGUAAGCCCCUGCACUACACGACCAUCAUGAGCAACAAAGUCUGCAUCCAACUCGUCCUCACUUGUUGGUUUGCCGGAUUCUUUGUCAUCUUUCCACCACUCCUCUUAGGCCUAGAUCUCGACUUCUGUGGCUCCAAUGUUGUUGAUCAUUUCUACUGUGACACCACUCCCCUUUUGCAGAUUUCCUGCUCAGACAUACACCUUCUUGAGAUGAUGGGAUUCAUCUCAGCAUUGGUCACACUCUUGGUUACACUGGUUAUGGUGAUAAUAUCAUAUACAUAUAUCACUAUGGCCAUUCUAAAAAUCCCUUCAACCAGUCAGAGGAAAAAGGCUUUUUCCACAUGUUCUUCUCACAUGAUUGUGAUAUCCAUUUCUUACGGCAGCUGCAUCUUCAUGUAUGUUCAACCGUCAGUCAAACAAAAAUCAUCUUUUUCCAAGGGGAUUGCAGUGCUCAAUACCUCUGUUGCUCCACUUUUGAACCCUUUUAUCUAUAGUUUGAGGAACCAACAAGUGAAAAAGGCUUUCGUGAAUAUUAUAUAUAGAAUUGUCUCUUUAUCAAAGAAAUAA